GAUACCACAACUUCAGACAAUGCUUCCCAGCCCCAGUUCUUCGCCUGCACAACCUCAUAGAGAUAUCCUUCUUAACUGUACCAAUCAAACGCUUCUUAAUCUUGCCGUCGAUACACCGGCAAAGUCUCUUGAUCUGUGGUCCUAUCUUCCUACACCAGCGAAAGAUGUCGGCACGAAACGUUUAUAUACCGAAGGCGGAUCCCCACGUAAACGCGCCAGAGUUGAAUCUUGGAAUUCUGAUGUUGGAGAGGCCGGUUCGAUUGCUCGCGCUGAAGUUCGAGCACGAAGAAAUUGCUGGUUGAAGACACUCAGAGGACCAAUGCCAGGCUGCGCAGGUCUACUUCCAUCGACGCCAAUAUUGAAAAGCUUUGUUUCCUCCAACAAGUCCGAUAUCUUCAAGUGGGAUGCAUUGGACGAUGGAUUCAUUAACCCUCCUUACGCCUGCUCGUACUCCCACAAUGCUAAAUCCGGAGGAAAGCCUCAUCUCGCCCUCGCGACAGAACAUGGUAGCGUUCAUAUUUUAGACACUCAAAAACGUUUAGAUUGGGAUGUGGAACCCCAGAGGACUACUUUUCAACCUCAUCACAACGGCGUCUACGACGUCAAGUGGAGUUGCUAUGACCAGUUCCUCGCAACAUGCUCUGCAGAUCGCUCAGUCCGCAUUCUCGACGUUUCUUCAGGUAACUCUAUAGCAACUCUACAAGGCCACAGUGGUUCUGUGAAAUGCAUAGCCUGGGACCCUCAAAACAAUAUGGUACUCAGUACUGGCGGUCGGGAUGGCAAUAUAAAAGUUUGGGAUCUGCGCCUUCCACACGGAGAGGUCUCGGAACCAGUCACGACGAUAUCCGGCGCACACGAUGAAUUAGGUCACAAGUCGAAGAAGAAAACGGGACUUCAGCACUCGGUCACCAAUCUCGUCCGAGCAAAAAACAUGGCAUUGAUCAGCAGUGGGUCUUCAGACGGCAUCCUUCGAUGCUGGGAUCUCAGAUUUAUGGCCAGCACAAAGAAAAGUAAGGCCACACAGAAUAGGCGAACACUCUACUUUCGUUCCUCACCCAUGGACCCGACUACCCUUCAUAAUUCUCGUCGCGCGAGAGGAAUCCUGAGCCUGGCUGCUGGGACUGGCCCCACAUCUGAUCUGAUAUUUGCCCUGGGAGCAGAUUCGCGAAUUCACACCUACACUUCAUCAACUCUGGAACCGCUUCGAAUCAAUUAUACACAUCCAAGCUUACGAACAAAUUCUUCAUUCUAUCUGGGAAUAUCAGUUUCACCCUGUGGAAGGUCGCUCGCCAGCGGAAGUACAGGAAUACAAGGAAGCGCGUUUCUGUUCGAUAUCUCGAACGCAGCAAGAACGUUUCCUCGAGCAGAACCAGGAGUCAAACUGAGUGCACAGAUCGGGGAGAUUGGUCCGGUCGACUGGGCAGAUGGAAUGCUUGCGACAUGCGCAGAUGAGUCCACUGUACGGAUCUGGAGACCUGACAUCGAGGUAUACCGGAGUUGCCUUGAAAAUCCUACCGAGAAGAAAUGGGACUGGAGUUGGGCGUCAUGA